GGGCAAGGAUGGAGGUUUCCCAGUUGUCGAGAGAGAUCGCGCAGUGAUGGACUGAGAUGGAGACUGAUCACUCAGCGAUGGAGGAAGAUCGUGCGGUGAUGGAGAGAGAAAUCGCGCAGCGCUGCGGUGGGAUAACACUGGCCAGGGCUUCGAUAGCGAUGGCCAGCGCUGCAGUGGAGAGCGAUGGCGCACCGGUGGAGAGCGAUGGCGUGGCGAUGGAACGAGUUACAAUGCGGCGAUAGCGAUAGCGAUGGCAGCGAUGGAACAACGAUAGCGAUUGCGCAGCGAUGGCGCACCGGUGGAGAGCGAUGGCGCAGUGAUGGAACAGGGAUAGCGAUGGCGCAGCGAUUGAACAGCGAUAGCGAAGGCAGCGUUAGCGAUCGUAGCGAUAGCGAUGGCGCACCGACUGAGAGAUGGCGCAACGAUGGAACCAACGUCGCGAUGGCAGCUAUCAUGCCAGCGUUGCGAUGGCGUUGCGAUGGCGCAGCGAUGGCCAGCGCUGCGAUGAGGGAUAUAGCUUUGCGUCGCGAUGGUGAUGAGCUAAGCGCAUCGAUGGCGAUGGUGCACGGCGAGUACGCUGGGGGAGCGGUCAACGUUGUUCCUCUCGGUACCGUUGUCUCGUGCGCGAAGACUCCUAAAGGUUUGCUCAAGCUGCACACUAACGGCAUGUACGAUGAGUGCAGACUGCCUAUUAGAGGUGUUAAAGGUGUGCUGGUGACCAUCAAGAGUUUCGCGGGUUACGGCUCGAAAAUGGUGUUGUGCUCUCACUUCAAAGGCCUUUACGAUGACGGCAGCAAGCGUCUUCCAUCGCCAGAGCAAUAUCUCGAUCUCGCGCUGAUGGUUCCCAGAGAAUGUCCGACUCUUCUGCCAGAGCAUGUUUUCCGGCUUCUGCCACCCCGUGACGGGUCGUCCGGCUUAACUCAAGAAACUCCAGGUACGGGAGUGGGGCGCGGGAGUCCGAUUCAAGACGCUGGGGGUCGGGUCAAGGGACGCAGCGUUCACACGCAGGUCGGCCCGGAUGCUCCUACGAACACGUCGGACUUGCAUUCUCUAGGUACCGGGACUCAACGGGUCGGUACUCCGAAACUUAUCAAGGUUCGCUACGGCACCGACACGUAUUCGCUUCGAGAUGAGACGAGAAGAGAUUCAAGCAUAUCGGGGCUAGAUGUUGGAGGGAAUGAGGCUGAAGGGAUGGACGCUGUCCGCGAAAGCUCUGGCGGGGAGCAGACUCCUUCGGAGAAGAAGAUCGAGCGACAGAGGAUGGUGCGAGAAGAGGUGGCGGAAGGAACCCUCUGCAUUAAGAGGAUGAGAGAAAAACCGGAGGCGGUGAUGGGCGGGAUAGAGGUGGCGACGGAGAACGUGCCUCGGGAAAGAGGCCGACGAAGGAAGAGGGUGGGACGACAAGUAUGCGAGAUCCCGGCUUGGGAAAGAUAUUACAACCACCGCAGUCUAAGUCGCGAAACUGUGGACGACAUCAAGGGUACGAUGCUGAGUCAAUUCUGCGAGAAAAAGAUCUGGACGAAAAACCCUCUAGUUUUGGCACCCAUCUACAAGUCGGUGUCGCGUAGACCGGAGAAAGCUGACAAGUUUCACAAAGAUGUCUUCAAGCCAGAGGACAUGGACAAGUACUACUAUUACCCUGUUAACAGACAACACACCGUGACUGCUGUGGAGGAUUUGGAGGGUGAGCCAAUAUUCAAUUUGUGGAAGAUGCACUCGUGGCCGGCGAGAGUAGUGUGGUUCUCCGACCGAGAUUUCACGGGGUAUAGGCAGUGGAUGCCGCUCGUGACGGCCGGUGACGACGUUUUUCGCAAAGUCGUGGAAUUCUAUGCGAAAUGGGCGGAGGGGAAGUUGUUGGGCGGCGAUGGCAAGACGCCAUUCUCGAGGCCGGGCAAAUACAUGCCAGACAAAUCUCCGGGUCUGCAAGCAAUUCCGGAAAUGAGCUCGAAAGGGGCGGCUGGUGAAACGAAGAUGGGUUGGCUGGUCCGAGUCCCGCCGCCUCCGACCAAAAAGAAAAUGCAAGCGGACGACAAGUUUUUCGUGGUCAUGAAGGAGCCAGACAUGUUCUGUUGGCAGUGUCUCGCCGACAUGACCGAUGCCGAGAAACUGUCGAUCCUUGACGACAUUUUCUCGCUAAGGAGAGUUUUCUUGAAAGGCAUGGCCAGGCUUAGCGUCCAUCACGUCAGGACAGGGAAGUGGGUACAUAAUGCACAAAAGCAGGCCACUGUCCGGAAAGGCAAUAUGCUGGUUGAGGAGUGUGACCGCCUGUACGUGAUUUUUAAUGGCGAGAAGCUGGAAGACAACACAUUCGCAGUCUACCCGACCAGUAGCCCGACAAAGGUUUUCCGUGCUCAUGGUCCAAGUCCGGCCAAACACACGGUGGCGGACCCAUCAGGACAGGCUGUGGCGUGUUUCGACGUGGCGGAAGAGGAAAGGUUCUCUCGUAGCAUGUGGGAGGAUGGCAGCGUGACAAGUUCUCAAGGACCUGCUUACGGGGAGAUGGAGCGGAACCCGUCCCGUCUACUUGGUCUACUCGUAAACUUUUGCAAAGCUGGUCAAACUGUUUUUUUCUUUGGGAAGGCGCAUGCGGUUGUCGUGUGGGAACUCCUGCGCACCGGUCGGAACGUCGUCGCGUUGGAGAAGGAGGCGAAGAUGAUCGAUUACCUUCACGAGUUCGUGAAGGCACGAGUUGCAGACACUCGCAAUGCUUGCGAGUUUGCCCGCACCACCGGCGAACGAAACUGGGAUCCCAAACGUGACAUGUAUUGGAAAUUGUCGGGGAACAAAAGGACGGACGUUUGGGACUUCCUUUUCGGACCCGGACUGCCUGGUCCGACCGACCUCGAAUACAGUCGACGGAGAAACCUGGUGUUCGUUGUGCUCAAUGGGUACCACGGUACACCCAGGGAGUCUGUCUCGCACUUCCUUAGAAGUCUGGAGCACGUUUACUUCACGCUGGCCGAACCGCUCACUCUCGAAAACUACAAGUCACAAUUCGACGACGAGGACCCUUUCGACGCUGACGACAUGGAGGAGCUGAGCGACUCCGAAACCUUCGAUUUUGAGUCCAUGCCACUUCCUCGGGUGGUUGGACAGGUUGGUGAUGAAGAGGAAGGUAGCCCUCGAAGAUAUAGCACGUCCCCUGCCGGUUUGAAGCGUGUGUUUCGGGGCGAACCAGUCGACGACCAAUCGUCUGAUGACGGGGAGGAAGAGAGAGACUAUGAUCACGAACCUUGUGACAGACUCCCUGUGGACCAUGACACCUGGCAGAAUGACAGACUCUACUUCUUCGGCAAGCAUCACCGGUUCACGUCGGAGGAUGUCUGGGGACACAACGUCGUUUGGCACCCGCGGAUAUUCCAACCUGCUGUGAGGAAUGGAAUAUGGGUCAUGGCAAUAAAGGAGGGCGAUGGCAAGUGGAGUGGACUGAAGAGACUGGGAGCGGGUGCAUUUAAGAGAAAGGCAAGAACUGCUCUGGUGGAGCAUUUGAGUCUCAUGAACCCCAAGAGAAACAAUCAGAACUCUCGUGACGUGCUGGAGGGGCCCGCUCCAGGAGUGUUGGAGACCGGGGGUAGCGAGAACGAACGUCACACUCCUGGGGAAGACGAGAGCUCUUCGGGAAUGCGUGUUGUACAUCGGGAAGAGGAGACUCAACGCUGGCAGUCUCACAAAGUAAUGGAGACCGGGGGUAGCGAGUGUGAACGUCAUGCUUCGGAGGGUGCGUCCGUGGACACUGUCAGCGAGAGUGCAGGAGCUCCGGGGGAAACGCAUGCUGUACAACGGGGAGAGGAGAGGAGACACGGGCCGGCUCGUGGACACUUGAAGUGGCUCCACGCACGAGCGCUGGUGAUCGGGACGUCCGAAGAGGUUCUGCACAGUCGCUCGGCUGUGGCCACGACGCGAGAGGGUGUCGUUAAGGGAGGUAAGUGGACGUCCGUGCAAGCUGCUGUUCUUAGCAGUGAUGAAGACGAAGAAGAACCCGCGGUGGAAGCUCCGGUUCAUGGCGAUGAGAAAGGCGGAGAACCCGUGGUGGAAGGCCGUGCGGUGAAUGUCGACAUCCGGACGGAUCCACAGCGGAAAAAUGGUAAUUCUUCGCCCACCCAUUGCGCUGAAGAACAGGGUGGUCGAGCGUCUGUCCUGAGCACCGCUCGGGGAAUGGUGCUUCAUGAAGCCACAGAGUUGGAUGACGACUCAGCAGCCACCGAGCUGGUUAGCGACUCAGGCGUGGCCGAGAUGCAGAACGUCGAAUCCUCCAUGGGAGGCAGUGAGGUUGCCGUCAGCAUGAAGAUGGAUCCACAGCGGAAAAAUCAUGAUUCUCCGUCCACCCGUUUCGGUGCCGAACUCAGUUAAGGAAAAUACAAGAAUGCCGGUUAUAGCGAAUAGGCUUCACACUUGUUCAACCUGUCACAUGAGAGCUAUGAAUAGUCUAUAUUAAUUAGACUUGAAGAUCAAUUGGCAGGAAGGGCAAUGUUGACCCAGGGCGUAUCUGACCAGAAAUUGGUGACCAGAUUCCGCAGUUAGGAAACUUGUAGAGUCCCCUUAAGCAUUCAAGACCCCCGAUGCGAGCGUGGAGGCUGGAACAGACAAAAAAACACAAGUUCGGACAAGUCCCUCAAUGGCUGCAGUAGAAAAGGCUGCCAACUUCACGCGGCCAUUUAUGAUAAGCCCGCAAUGCCAUGCCAUAACUACAAAGGCUGGCCGUGGUGUGCAGAGGGCCUGAAACAAACAAACAACAAAAAG